GAAGCCAUGGAGCAGCUGAAACAAGCACUCACGUCCGCGCCUGUACUCAUCUUGCCAGACCCCGAACGCGACUACGUCAUCGAAGCUGACGCUAGUCACCAAGCAGUGGGAGCAGUCUUGAUGCAAGAUCUAGGAAACGGACUGCAACCAAUCGCCUACCUCAAAAAGGAACUACACAGGGCAGGACUCAAUUACCCGAUACACGACAAGGAGGCCCUUGCUAUUAUCAUCACCUUCAAAACGUGGAGAUGUUACCUCGAAGGACGGAAAACAACUGUCUACACCGACCACUGCAGCCUAGAAUAUUUGAAGACCCAGCCAACCCUCUCCAGGCAGCAGGUCUGGUGGAUUGACUUCCUCGAGACACACUUCCACUAUGGCAUCGUGUACAAGCCCGGCCAUAGAAACAAAGCAGACGCCCUUAGCCGGCCUGCACAUGUUGCCGCCAUCCAGAUCGAAGGGAUGAAUCCACUCCUCAAGGGACUCUUCACACACGGGUAUACCAUCGACCCCGAAAUUUCCUUGGCAGAAAAGCGACAUCUGCUACAGUGGGACAGUGACAUCGUGUACCGGAAGGGAUCAACGAAAAUCUGGGUACCCAAUUACCCUCCUUUGUGCCAGUUACUACUCGAAGAAUACCACGAUGUCCUGUACAGAGGGCACUUCGGUAGCAACAAGACACUCGCCGGUAUGGCGAAGCACUACUACUUGGCCCACCUGGCAAACGAUGUCCAGAAAUUCAUCACCUCGUGUGAUACAUGUCAGCGGAUGAAGAGCAGCAAGCAGAAGAAGGCGGGACUGCUACAGCCUCUUCCUGUCCCAGAACAACCAUGGCAAGUGGUUAGCCUGGAUUUCAUUACCAGGUUACCACCUACCACAAGCGGUCAUGACGCAAUUCUCGUCGUCAUUGACAAAUUCUCCAAAAUGGGACACUUCAUCCCGACACACACAACAUCACGCACCAAAGAGACAGCACAACUAUUCGUGUGCGACAUUAUCUCACAACAUGGCAUUCCAACUACACUCAUCUCCGACCGAGACCCCAAGUUCACCAGCAAGUUCUGGAAGGAACUCAUGUCUCUGCUCGGGACCAAACUUGCCAUGUCAUCCGCCUACCAUCCACAGACAGAUGGACAGACCGAGCGCCUCAACCAAAUUGUCGAGCAACUCCUCCGAGCAGCCUACAAAGACGAGAUCUCCAAAUGGGACUUGCACCUGCCCGUACUAGAGUUUGCUUACAAUAAGAUACUUAUGUCGCUACUGGACAGACCCACCUGGAAGAUUCACAACGCCUUCCAUGUCCAGCUUUUAAAGCCCUACCGCGAUCCCAACACGGUCUUCACCGGACGCCGACCGUCACCGCCGCCGCCCGUCCUCGUCUCCGAUGAAACUGAAAACGGGAUCGAGACUGUGCUCCCACACCGCCGUCGUCGGAAUGGUAUCGUGGAGCUUCUCAUUCGUUGGAAGGGUUAUGAUCCUUCUGAGGAUAGCUGGGUCCCCGAAUCCGACAUGGGUAACGCCCGUCGUCCUCUUCGGUGAUUCUAUUUCCAGAAGGGUCUAUUUCCU